CUGGGAGAAGCUGAGCCUGCUGGGAAGAAGAAGGUGGAGAGCGUGGUGUGUGCUGGAGAAGGAGGAAUGCGGAGCAGUGCUGUAGCUGUAGUUUGGAGAGAGCCACAGGACGCUGAGAGCAGCUGGUGUUGCUGGAGGGUGUAGCAGGAAAGCGGGUGUUGAGAUGUCGCAGCCAGAUACUGCCAGGCCUGGUGAUGGGUGUGGAUGACACGGCCAUCUUUAGAGAGAGUGAGGAUCCAAUGGGAACAGCCAGCUUGAAAUUUCGUUCCCUGAGACUGAGUGCAAAGAGAAUGACCUCAACAAAUUGGUCCAAGCAGCUGAACCCGGUCUUCAAUAGCCAUAGGGCACUUUGUUCAAGAGCAUCUAUAAGCCCUGUGACUCCAUGCAACUGAGCUGCAAGAUCAAAAACAGAAAAAAAAUAGAAAUCAAAGGCCCAUUGGAGUUUAGUGGCCGGGAAGUGGUAGUCUUUCCAGAUGUUUCUGAGGAGGCCGAAAAGUCUUGUUCUAAAUGUGCCCAAGUACAGAGACAAUGCUGGGUGGCCAUGCUCACUGCUCUGAUUCUCCCGAAGAUGUUGUGGGGUGGCUUGACCUGCAGACCAAGAAGCAGAUACGCCAGAGAAGAACCACAGACAGGCCACAGCCAACUGAUGAUGGUGGGAAUGCAGGUUCUUCUUCUGCAAGCCGCCCUCCUCUAAGGCGGACAUCACAGGGCUCUGUGAGUUUGCCUACGAGGCCCAGUAAGUCACGUCGUGUGGAGUCUGAGUCAGCGGCUCCAUCUUCACCACCCAGGCGGCGCAUCUCCGCAGUGUUGCCCCAGCCACCUCUGGACAUUUUGGCAAGUCCUCAAAGUGAUGAGCCACGAUCACCUCAGCUGUCUGAACCAACCAUCAUGGGUGAAGACGACCAGCAGGAACCUGACCAACAGACUACCUUUACACUGCACCUGCAGCCCGUUGCUCCUACCCAGCCAACCCAGCAGCAGGAUAUGCCCCAAGCCUCCGUAAGUCCCCAAUUGAUCCCAACUCCACCACAGCAACAAAUGUCCGCAGACUUUUGGAGCAGUUGGGCCACACAACAGGUCCAAAACACUGCCUACCUGAACACACACACACAACACCUUGCCAGUCUGCCGCAUCAUCUACCUCGCUUUAGUAGGAACUCGGGCAGACUGAUUGUUCAGGUAGGCAGAAUAGCUACUUCAAUGGAGCAAAUCAGGGCGGACAACAUGCAAAUGCUGACAAAUUUAUCCAGAGUAAUCGAUGAGCAACAGCGGCAGCAACAAGCCCUAAUACAAGUCAUCCAGCACAACCAAGUAGUGACUGAAACUUUGUCCAGAAUUGUUGCCAGCCACACUGCCACCAAUAAUCAGCUGAAUGCCAGUAUUCACAACUUGAGCCAAAGCAUUACUGUGCUGGCAGCACAACAAGUCAGCUCCAGCUCUGGAACCACGACCCCUAGCCAGACCCCAGUUACCUCCCCUGUUCGACGCUCAAGCAGAACACGGGCCAGCGAAACAGGACAAACUUCUGCACCAAGCACACACACCAAAAAAAAAUUAUUAAGGCAGGAAAUUUGUGCAACAUAAUAAA